UCUUCUGAUAAACCCUCUUGUGCCGUAGUAAGGACAGCUCAUGCUCUUUUGAGUGAAAAUGUUUCCUCUCACCAUCUUACGAUAGAGUGGGUGAUACAAAAAAUAUCUGGUAUUCCUGUAGGAAUGAGAGUUUUAUGGAAGAGGAGGAAGCCAGAGUAGGUUAACGCUGACUGCUGAUGUACUGGGAAGGCUUUGGAAAAUGGCCUCUCCGUUCGCUGGGCCCACAGCGGUUGCUGAUGUAAUUAAAGAUCUAGACACUCAGAUAGCUUUGAUUGGUUUGGGUCCCCACAACCCCAAGAAGAAGCAGGACCUAGAUAAACUUUAUGAUCUAAAAGCUAAAGCCCAACAGAUUAUGAACCAGUUUGGCCCUUCUACCUUGAUCAACCUCUCCAACUUCUCGAUAAAGCCAGAACCCGCCAGCACUCCCCCGCAGAGCUCCAUGGCCAACAGCACUACCGUGGCAAAGAUGCCGGGGACGCCCAGCGGAGGAGGACGGCUCAGUCCUGAAAGCAACCAGGUUUUAACCAAGAAGAAAUUGCAGGACCUGGUGCGUGAGGUGGAUCCGAAUGAGCAGCUGGAUGAAGAUGUGGAGGAGAUGCUGUUACAGAUCGCAGAUGAUUUCAUAGAGAGCGUGGUGACGGCUGCCUGCCAGCUUGCGCGGCAUCGCAAAUCAAACACCCUGGAAGUGAAAGACGUCCAGUUGCAUCUUGGUGAGUGAUUUUUCUUGCCCCCCCAACCCCUCAGCUGAGAGCUGGGCACACGCCCUGAAGUCAGGGCAUGGCUGUGGUGUUGGGCUGGAAACCUGUGAGGAGCUACAGAUUUGUUGUUACUUAACAACACCGUAAUAACCUGGGGAUGAGCGGGGUGUCUGCCCCUCGCCAUCCCCUCUACAGAUUUUGCAGUUGUGCCGUUUGCAGCAGUCCUGUGUUGGAAGGUCCCUAGAACAGGGACAUGUUUUUACCAUGUUUAAUGUCGUACAGCCCUCCGCUACACUGCUUUAUGGAAGCUUUUAUAGCUGGUGUGUGGAUUUUGGAGCACUGGUGGCAGGCAGGGGCACUGCCGGGAUGUUUUGUGGUGAUGAGGCUGCUCUUGUGGUGGGUGUUAGGGGUAGAGAGUGCUGAUGCUUGAGCGUGUCCAGAGAAGGGCAG